UUGAGGCCAGGCGUCGAGUAAGACACAAAAUUUUUCUAUACUUUUACAUUUGGUUUCCAAAAAAAAAAUUUAAAAAAAAAAAUCGAAAAAAAGCGACAACAAAAUUAAACAAUUUUACUAACAUGGAAGCCAACUUACUGGGGUCCAUAAUAAACAUCCUGGAGCAUAUGGACCGACCCAUGAGUGACACAGAGCUGAACGUCGCCCUGGGCAGCCAGUUCCGACGUCACGAUCCGGAGUUCUAUCACCGACUGCAAGUCAAUCUGCGCGAUGGCGUGAAACGCGGCAUUCUGAUCCAACGGGGAAACCUGUUUUCGCUGCAGUCUCGGACCAUCUUUAUGCCGAUGAAGUUUCUUAAACCGCCAUUAUGUAGAUUUUAAGAAUAUAACAGAAGAUCUUGCAAAUUAAUUAGUCCUUAAUAGAACAGUGAA